GGUCCCGCCCCCUUCCGCGGCACUGGUAAAUCGGUGUCCGCUCCCUCCCCCCUCGGCUUCUAUGCAGCCCCGGUGUUCCUGACUCCCCGGUCCUCCCGAAUGAGCCUGCUUGUGCUAGAGCUGCACUGGCAACACAGCCCCUGGCUUUAGUCUGAUGCUGGGGAUGAUGGGCCCACUCGUACUGGAGCUGUACUGGCAACACGCCCCCCGCACCUGCAAGAACUUUGCUGAACUGAGCCGCCGUGGAUACUACAAUGGCACCAAGUUCCACCGCAUCAUCAAGGACUUCAUGGUGCAGGGAGGGGACCCCACGGGUACCGGCCGUGGUGGCGCCUCUAUCUAUGGGAAACAGUUUGAGGAUGAGCUGCACCCUGACCUGAAGUUCACUGGUGCUGGGAUCCUGGCAAUGGCCAAUGCAGGCCCGGACACCAAUGGAAGCCAAUUUUUCCUGACACUGGGCCCAGCACAGUGGCUGGAUGGAAAGCACAGCAUUUUUGGGAGGGUGUGCCAAGGAAUGGGGGUGCUGGGGCGCCUAGCCAUGGUGGAGACCAACUCCCAGGACCGACCUCUCGACGAUGUCAAGAUCAUCAAGGCAUAUCCCUCGGGGUAGGGGUGUGGGGCACCCUCCAAAUUGUACUGCUUGUUUGUAAUAAAAGAGGUUGGAUGUA